CAUCCCUUCCAGUUAUCCGUCCACCACACUAGCGGUUUCCCGGAGUUUGCAAGUCUUGUGGCCUUCCAUUUGAAGGUUUGAAUUGUUGGCGCUGGGUUAAUGAGAUGUUUGAAGAUCUCUUAAAAGGGGACUUCACAAAUAAUCCAGGUCAGUUGAAUGGUUUCUACAAGGGAGCACCCUCCAUAGUCUUCUCUGCGGCUGAGGAAGAUGUACUGGCCGGCAAGUUCAAUAGAACUCGCAUUGGCCGUAGCAGUGCUCGUCUUUCACUCUCAACUCUCGAAGACUUCCUGAUCAAAGGUGGCUUCAUGGAAUUUAAACUUUGCCGGCUUGCAAAUACAUGCCGGAAAACUCCCCCACUCCACCUCUCCGGCAAGGCUCCGGCCGGUGAGGAAAAGGACAUAGGGGCUCAGAUGCUGGUGGGUCUUCAGAAAGGAAAGUGGGAAAAGCCUAAAGGAAGGAGACGAAAACGUCAGGAGGUUAGUGGGAAGAAGGGCCCAUCCAAGCCACAGCUUUCAUUCAAGGAAAUUCAAAAACCCCAUGUCAAAUCCCACCCCACCCUGGACGCCGAGGAAUCUUCAGCGACAGGUGGGUCCGACAUCAACACUUUGAAAGGUAGCCACGUCAGGAACCCUAAAGGCAUGGAAACACCUAACUUUGGGGUUAGUCAUACCCCUUUUCCUGACCUAUCUUUCCUUGAAGUGCCUACUCCUCCAUCCUGUUUGGCCAUCAUCCCUUACACCCCUCAAGCUCCUGAAAUGCCACCCGGCCAUGCAUGCACAUCUUCUUUUCCUUCCCUGGGUAGUUUGGACGAUGGUUGGAUUGGUACUCGUUUUGAAGUCGGGGAGACCUCCUCUCCGGUGGAUACCCCAUAUGGUUGUCACUCUGAUGGUGGGGAAGAGGAACCCCCUUUUGACAACUCAGAGCUCCUGCCUUUGGCAAUGGACAACACCAUAUAUCCAAAAUCCUCAUUGCCUCUACCCCGUUGUCCUAAGAAGCUUGACACCUAUCGUAUUAAAUUGGGUUUUUCUCAUGGUUUUUCCUCCAACAAUAAUAAGAGAUGGAUUCUUUGGAACCAGGAUUCCCUCAUUUUGUCUAACUCCUAUGAUGAAGGUCAAGUUACCCAUUGUGAAUUCACUCUGGCCCAUGACAGCAGUCCUUUAAUCAUUUCCUGUGUUUAUGGUUCUCACUCUCUGGUCGAGAGAAGACUGCUUUGGGACCAGCUGCAAUCUUUUUGCCCUUUGAAUGAAAAAUGGAUUUUGGGAGGAGACUUCAAUACUAUCCUCUCCCCUCAGGAUGCAAAGGGACAAUGCACCCCUAACUUUCAAAGCAUGGAAGAGUUUCAAUGCUGCAUUUCAAAUUGCAAAUUACACUGUCCUGAUCCAUUGGGGGUGUUUUCACUUGAGGUUGAGCUUCAUCACCUUCCUAAAGCAAACUCAGACCAUAAGGCCCUAUUACUCCACUGCCAUUAUGACCAACAACUUGGUGCAAGGCCUUUCAAGUUCAUCAAUUCUUGGACUCAUCAUGACAAAUUCCUUGAGGUGGUCAAAAAAUCCUGGGAUAACAGCCCUACAUUUGGGGGCAUGAGAGGCCUCCUCUCCAAACUUAAAGCCCUCAAAGUGGACCUUAAGACCUGGAACCACAAAGAGUUUGGCAAUAUUUUUGACCAGGCUAAGAAGGCUGAAGAAUAUGCCUCUCUAACUCAGGAGGCUUAUGAUACUGAUCCCACGGAUUGGAACAGAGAGAUUGCUCAAUUGGCGAAUGCAAAAAUGAUUCUUGCAGUCAAGAAGGAGGUGGAAUUUUGGAAGCAAAAGGAUGCCUCAGCCCUACCCGACAUGGAUGAAGUUAAACACACCAUCUGGGAGAUGGAUGCCAAUAGUGCAAGUGGACCAGAUGGGUUCAAUGAAGCAGAAAACAUAUUCUCCCUAGACCCCUCUGAUGGCAACAACAUCCUCUUGCAACAAGCAAGAUCAGAAUUGAACAAGUUUGUGGCAAGGGAAUACUCCUACUGGAAACAGAAGGCUAACCUAAAGUGGGUCAAAGAAGGAGACCUCAACACUAAAUUUUUCCAUGCAUUUUUGAAACACAGAAGAAUGCAUCAGUCCAUUACUAGCAUCAAAGGGAGGGACAAUUCCUGGUUAACCUCCUGGAAGGACAUCUCUGAUGAAGCCCUCCACUUCUUUCACAACUUGUUCACUGCUGAACCUACUCAUCCCCACAGUGACUUCAUCUCUAACAUCCCUUCAAUCCUAAUCCCUGAGGACAACAACCUCCUCACCUCCCUCCCUUCAAUGGAAGAGGUGAAAGAAGCUGUGUGGGGCCUCAAUCCAGCCAGUUCCCCUGAACCAGAUGGUUUCACAGAUAGAGAGGAAUACUUGCAGUGGACUACUCAGCCCAUCCAAGAUCUAAGCUUCAAGGAAGCUUUCAACAUUAUUCAGCAAGAAGAGGAAGGGGAAACAAUCUUGCCAUUACAGAUCAAUUGGAGUUCAAAGCAAAUCCCUAAAGUGGCCUUCUUUCAAUGGAGGCUAUACCUCAACCUACUCCCAUUCCCUUCCACCCUUACAAAAUUUGGGAGGUUGUUCCCUUGUUGUAAACUCGAAGGAAGUUCUUUGUUCCUUCGUGAGAAGUCUUGGAGUGUGGUAUCUCCGAGCAAAGGCGUUGAGGCUCGUGUUACUCGGGUUCUCAAGUUGUAUCGUACUCACAAGACAAAAUAUAAUAUUGAGGAGGAUGUACACACUCCAACCGAGAAUGUGGAGCCGGUUGUACACACUCCAACCGAGAUAGAGAAGGAUGACACAACAGGGACUAUAACACUGAUGGCUGAAGAUACAACAAAGGAAACCACAUCACCAAACAUUCCAGAUACCAACAUAGGUCCGAUCCUCCACUCUUUUGAGCUUGAAGGGAAGGAUAUUGCUGAUCAUAUUCUUUUAGUGGAGGAAAUGUUUCAUGAGUUAAACAGAAAAGUUGAAGGAGGAAAUAUGAUCAUUAAGCUGGAUUUGUCUAAAGCCUUCGAUAGAAUGAGCUGGGAAUACCUGGAAAACCUUCUAGGGGCUUUUGGUUUCAAUGAGUACAACAAGAAACUUCUUCUAGCUAAUCUGAAGGCAACAAGUUUCUCAGUCCUAAUUAAUGCCUAUGCUGAUGAUCUAGUGCUCUUCACUAAUGGGAAAAUCAGAAAUCUUAUUAGGAUCUCCAACACCAUUCUCUGCUUCCUACAAGCUUCAGGACAACAAGUCAACCUUCAGAAGAGCAGAUUCCACACAGCCUCUAACUCUACUCCCCAAGAAAUUCUCAACAAGGAAAAGGCUCUAAAGAUUCAGCAUGACAAAGAUCACCUAGCCUAUCUGGGGAUUCCUAUAAGCAGAGGGAUUCUGAGAAAAGAAGAAUGUGCCUAUGUUAUCAAGAAAUUUGAUAAUCUGCAGUCUUCCUGGUACAACUUUCCUGAGGAACAAGUGAGGAACCCAAUUCUUGAGAAUCUUUGUGGAUUGAACUUGAAUCUCCCACCUGCCAGCAGAAACCCAAUAACUCCUGAAAUGAUCGUUGUGAAUCAAGAACCAAUUGUUGGAGACAACCACAUAGAACGUAUAAUCUCUAGCCAUUCCAUAGAGUUGGUUGAACUUGUUAUUGAAGGGACAAGUUCAAUGAAGGAGCAGGAGGUGAAAUUCCCCAUAACAGAUAGCUUGAUUGUUGGUUUUCACAGCAAACGACAACCUGCUCUUCGAGCAACAAGAGGCUCUUCAAUUUGGUAUCCAGGAAUUUAUAUGCAAGUUUCAGCAUCUAUUGCACCUCCAUUAAUGCCUCAUAUAAAUGUGGAAGAAUCUGCUCAGGUGUUCAAUGAAAAUAGUGAAGUGGAGUUAGCAUUACCCGGAAAAAACUAUUUUGGAAUUGAAAUUCGAAGAUUUCUCUUGUCUCGAGCAGAAUUGAAGGACAUCCUCUUAGGAUUCUGAGAGAAAUUGUUUGCUAAUCCAAGGUGUACCUUGGGAAGUAUGGAGCUGGAAAUGCUGCUACCAUGGACUGUUGAAGCUGAGUUUGGAAUCAGCUGCUCUUUCCCACUGGAUGCUACUGUGGUGCUACUGUUUUUGGGCUGAUAGAGUGGAUUAAACUGUGGUUUUGGGC